CUCCGCUCACUCUGCUCCGAGCUGUCGAACGCGACGCACGCGCCUCCGCUUCGCUUCUUCCUUCUCUGCGAGUAUACUCUCCGCACUUAGAGGCAUAUUUCCCUCGCUUUCUCGCCACCGAGUACUAUCAUCAUCAUCAAAUGAGAGAGGAGGCCGGCUCUCUCUCUCUCUCUCUUUCUCUCUAUCGAAUUUGUUCCUGGGAAUAUUCAGUCAGUCUGUUCGUGAACGUCCACCUAGUUUUCGCAACACCAGAGAACAUAUUAUUCCUGUUUGUUUUGCUCUCGCGCGUUUGCUUUGAAUCUCUCAUCGAGAAAGCCGCUUCUCCGCUCAGCUCUUCUUUCGUCUCGCACAGCCGCUUUUGCUCUUCGGAUCCGUGCUGUUGCAUUACACCGAGUUACGAUGUCUUCCUGCUAAAACGUUCCAUGUUUAAUCUCGUUCGUACCAACCUCGAUCAUCGUCAUAUAUCUUUUAGUGCUCGUACUCGAAGAACACGUAUCCAGUUCCACGAUCUCCUACUCGUAUUUCUUGCAACUAUCGCUCCUGGAAAAAUUAUUGCUUCGAAUUAUCGGACACCAUUCAACGCAACGAUAUCGAAUCUUCAGCAUCCAUCUGCGUGAUUUGCCGUGACACGUUCUUCCAGUAAACGUUUCUCGAAUCCGAAAAUUUUCCAAGAAUUAUCGUAGGAUCACCGAUUAGAUUGAAACCGUUUCUCUGAAAAAGGCCAUUUGCGUGCAGGCCCCGUGGGCAGUCAGACAUUGUUGAAUGCUCUGCUCCUGCUCAAGGCCCAUACGGUUGUCCUCCAUGGAGGACGCCGAUCGCUCGGAUCUCAGGGACGGCAGACGAGUUCGCGGGCAGAAUGAAGGCAGUUGGAGUUGCGAAACGACUUAAAGGCUUUGUCGUGAUAACGGAUUGUCGAGGUCGAGCCUCGUGUUUGGAGGUUCGGUUUUCGCGAAAGGACAGAGUGGUGCGGGAGGUUGGUGGAGGGGGCAGAAGAUCGUGCGGCUCGAAGAUUGAACGCUCCAGAUGGAAUUACCUUCGGCUCCGGAUCGUCCUUUAGAAGCUCAAGAAGAUUCUACCUCGGCUGAUUUAGCGGAAACGGUUAGUGGUGGUGCAUUGACUGUAGAAUCAGCGCCAACGAUUGGUGCGUUGACGACAGUGUCGUCGUCAACUACAUCGGAAAACGGACCAACGAAGCGCGACAAUGAUGCCGAUUCUUUGAUGGCUACAACCGAAGAAAUACACGAUGCUACUCGUCGAUCCGUCGAUAACCAAGUGUUCAACAAUCUAGAAUUAUGUGAGGCUUCGGCCAAGACCUCGAACGACUUUUCACACGGCCAAGGUCAAUUAGACUUCUCCGAUAUGGGUCUGAAACUUGGGAAAGAUAAGACGCAACCUGAAGACGCGGGUAACGAUGUAGAAGUGAAAUCGAGCGAAUCCGUGGAUGAACAAGAUUGUUCGACGUCGACGCCGACGCCAACGCUAACGCCGACGCCGACGCCGACGCCGACGCUGACGUCGAUGUCGAUGUCGUUGUCGGUUCAGUGUACCGAGAAACAGACAGACGAUUCUAAAGUGGAUGAUAGUUUCGGUACAGGAUUUACCACCUCAUCGCCGUUGUGUAGAAAAAGGUCGGCCAACGAUUUUCUGCCGAUCAAUGCGGAGAUCAAGCGGAUCGGCGUUGAAAUUUCGGAGAAUGAAUCGAAUCAACUAAGAAGCGACGUGAGGAGGAUCUCACCGGUGUUGGUGAGCCUCCGAGAGCGUACCCUGGGUGAGAUAUCCCUGUCGUCGAACUCGUGCCUGUUCGACGACGAUGUCAACAGUCGAUGUAUCUCAAGGAACAAUAGGAUUAUCGAUGAUUUAUUAACGAGUGGUUGUAGGUUAUCAACGAAUGUAAGCGUGGACGGUUCUUCUCAAACGAAUCACGGUUCCGAGGAGAUAAGCUGUACCGAGCCGGAGCAUAGGGUCUGCGGAGUAGCGACGUCGCCGGAAGGUGAAUGUACCAACGGCAGCGUCGAGGAGGCGCUGGUAGAGCCCUGUAAAAAGCUCGAAUACUCGGACUCGUUUAUUGACGAGGAUUCUUGUUGUUCGCUGUCGCGCGACAGCCCCGAGAGGAAUCUCAGCAAGUGCCAGGAACCGAAACAGUGCGAGGAGCCUGUCGAGGAGUGCUCGUGUAACGAUACUAUGCCUACGAAUAGUGCUUGCACAACACCGAUUUUAAACAAGCAGAUGAUGAAAAGUUCGUUACCCCAAUUAAUGGUUAAGAUAGAUCCCAUUAAUAUGUCGCAGUACUUCUCAUCAGAACAGAAAGAUGCGAAAUAUAUGACCGUCACCUCGAAGAAGAAACAGAAGAAGAACACCGCGUGCAAGGCUGAUGAUAGCAACGUAGAUGUAAGGAUUGAUUCCAAAGAUACGUCGAAGAAAGUAUGUUCCGUUGAAAGGCGAGAUUGCGAGAUCAGUGUCCAAAAGACUGAGUCACAGGACCAUAAGGAGAAGAAGGACGAUUCUCCUGUAGUAUCCGAUCUGCAACAGACCAAAUUGAUAAAAUCAACUCCCACUAUCUCUUUGAAGAAAUGCAAGGUGAUCUUGCAAAGGAUAAUAUUGCCGAAAACGGUAAAAGCGGCGACGGAAGAGGAGCCGGAAAAAGAAGAAACGCCAGCCACAUCGGUAAUAGAGAAAUUAGCAGAGGAUGAGGAAGUAGUGUUUUCCUUGCCUUUACCCUCUACGGAGGAUUUACAGCCGUUGAACAAUUUGGAUUCGUCUGAAACGACACCAAGUUCACCAGAGAUGUUGGAACCUACCACGGAUGUCCCAGAAGCUAUUGAUACAGAGACGGAAACAGAAACCGGGUCCGAUAGCUCCGAAAUGUCAACCACGACGAAUGUACGUGGAUGUGAGGAUGAUACCGCUUCUGAUCAAAUAUCGUGCCAGGAGAACGAGUCCAUGUGCUGCGUUGAUAUUAAUCCGGAGAUCAUAUCGAGGUUGGAGCCAGAGAGGCCGGAAGCUUUUACAGAAGAUUCAGCGGAAAGCCUAGCGCUUGCCACUGGUGCGCGGGAUGAAGUUAGAUCGGAUGGAAGCGAUUCUGGUUUAGGAAGCGAGAUACCCGGUGAUCCUGGGCCUGCACCGGUUCCCGAAAGCGAUUCCGAAACUUCUUUCUUGGAUAGGAUACCCGAUGAUAUUCUCUCCGAUAAAGAAAAAGUUGUGAAUCAAUUGGACAGUUUUGUACCGAAUGUGGGUGUACCUGGUACACCACAACCACCAUUGACGAAUUUUCGGAGCCCUCCAAAGAGUAAUUUAAAACGAAGAUUGAUAGAUUGCAUGGACGAGGCUCCUAGUCCAAAGAGAAGCAAUACAGAAGAAUCUAUGAAAAAGAAACGCAAUAUUCAAUUCGACGCUGUCACCGUGUAUUAUUUUCCCAGGGCACAGGGUUUCACUUGUGUGCCUUCUCAGGGUGGCAGCACCCUUGGCAUGAGUGCGACGCAUACUCAUGCAGAACGGUUCUCGUUAUCGGAGCAUGCUGCUGAACAGAGGCGAAUUCAUCGUGCUAGACUAGCUCAAUUGCGCUCCGAGCGUGCUGCAAAUUGCGUAUCGGAAGCAGCCUCCAGCUCCGAGGAUCCGAGCGAUGAUACGGACGAGGAACAAAGCGAUAACGAAGAACUGGAUAUCGAUAGUUAUUAUUUCCUGCAGCCGGUACCUACGUGGCAGAGACGAGCUUUACUUAGGGCGGCUGGAGUACGUAGAAUAGAUGCUGUCGAAAAGGACGAGUGCCGUGACAUUAGAGCUAGCAGAGAACAUUGCGGUUGUGGGUGCAAAGGAUAUUGCGAUCCAGAGAGUUGUCCUUGUAGUCGAGCUAAUGUAAAGUGCCAGGUUGAUAGAGCGGGUUUUCCUUGUGGAUGUACCCGAGAUGGUUGUGCGAAUAGUUCAGGCAGGAUUGAGUUCAAUCCAGUACGAGUGCGAACGCAUUUCAUUCAUACUCUUAUGCGACUGGAGUUAGAAAAAAAGCAACGAGAAGAAGAGGGUACAGAUCACGACGCGUCCGACAAUCAAAACGGCAGAAGUCCUUUGAGAGAAAUCAAUUUGGGAUCCGUGAUGGAGAAUAGGACCACGGAAUCGUGCUUGAACGGUGGUGGAUUUACGACGCUUCAUUACGAAAAUCACGACGCUAGGGACGGCGGGACGAAUUGUCAGCCAGAAGUACCUGGUACGAGAGAGGAUAGUCUGGAUCUUUACGCAAUUAGAGACGAUUGCUAUCCUAACGAAGACACUGUUGAUGGUACGCAGGGACCUCAAAGGAAACUUCAUCCUGAAUUUAGUCAAGCUUUUCAAACGUUCUCAGGCCAAACAAGUGCCGGAGUAAACUUUCAACAGCCUACUUAUCAGGACUAUCAACCUUACGCUAACCUUCCUUCUACAUCUAGGGUGCAAUUUCAGCCGCAAUUCCAAACGGUGCCAGGAAAUCCAGGGUUCUCACACUAUGCGCCUUAUGGGCAAGACGCCGGAUCAAUUCAGGGAAACUGCCAGGUCCAUCCCGGACAACACUCAUCCAGUUACGAAACUAGCUUUGCCCAGGACGAAACAACCGGAUCACAAUACACGAAUUUAAAUUCGGUGCAGCCGAUGAAUACAGUGGUUCAACAAAUAGGUAAACUAGAACCAUUUUCAGAACUUUUGUCUGGUAGAUAUUCGUACUAUGGUGAAAUGGAGCCGGCGGCUCAUGGUACUUAUCACGGGAAUGGAACCAAGGUCGAGGUAGAAAAGAACCAAGGUAACGAACAACAAUCGGAAAGUACGGAAGAGUGUGACGAAAACUUUGGGGAAAUUAUUAAAAAGUCAAUGGUUGAGACUGUAUCCGCCUAGGUUAAACUGUAGAUACGAAGAAUUGUCUAUGUGCGAAUCCGUCAAAUCGUUUUUGACCCAUAGUGAUUUAUAACGAAAAAUAGAAUUUAACUUUCGUCAUUGGAAACCUUUGCGAACGAAAAAAUAAGAAAAGAAGAAAAAAAGAUAACGAAAAAAUAUCUCGAUAAGAAGGUGCUGGCAAUUUGACCAGAUAGACUUCCAUGCGUUAGAUAAAUCCGAGUAAGUAAAUUGUUAAUGUGGUUUUCGAAUAGAACAAAGAUUCUUCUCGAAAAUUACUCGCGUUUAACUACGAUGAGUCCCGUGGAUGUCGUUAGAAAAAUUAUGCGGAUACGUGUGCGUCCGCCCGGGAUGGAAGCUUGAGACAUUGUCCUUGUUCCUUUAUUAUAAGGUUGUCGAUUGUAUAAUUGAUCGAAUGGAUAAGACGAUGUUCUCAAUAAACGUGAAGAGAAUCCGGGGCCGUCAGUUCGGUGAAGGAUUUUCGGGGGAAGGUCUUCGUCGAAAAUCUCCAUGAACAGUCUCCUUGAAACGAAGUUGCAGAAGAUAUUCAACGAGGUUGUGACCAAGAAACAACAUAUGGGAUCAGUUUAGAUUGCAGUUUAUAAUACUUAACUUUAAUAUUAGGAUUGCGGGCCUUGUGUCUUUGUAAAAAAAAAAACAGAAAAAAAGAAGGUUUUUUCGGAUCCGUGUGACAGCUGCGAUGGCGAACAACUUAGUAUUUAUAGCGAAUUCGAAAGAUGUUCGCAUUGCUGAUUAGAAAGGAAGACAGGCGCAUGAUUGUACACACAAAACACACAUAUAUAUAUAUGUGUGACCACGAAAUGUGAACGAUUGUGAUACUCGUGCAUAUGAAAAUGCAGUUUGCCAGGAUCGUAGGUUAAGAAAAUAAAUUAUGGGACUUUUUUAUGCCAGUUAGUAAGAGAUCGAGUUUGAAUGGUUUUUCAAUCAACAGACGAUGAUAAAUAACGAUAGAGAAUAGAUUUUCCGUCGUGUUGUAAUAAAUUCAGAAACAUCGCGGUUACUUACAUGUUUCCAAUGUUAGAGGAACCAUGAUUGGUUGGCAUACUAAGCGCACGCUGUCUACAGAACAUAUAAAGUUUAAGGGCUCAUAUAUUUUUUUCAUUCUUUCAUAUGGCGCCUUGAAAUUGCAGGUCCUUUUUUAAUAUCACGCACAUUGUGCGAAGGAUAGCAAAAUGUGAAAACUUUUUAACGAAAAUGUAUAAGUUAUCGAUUAUUGAGGAUUCUCGAACCCAAAUGAUCAACGGCUCAAUUUUGUUGUUUAUCUAUAUUCGCAAUUUCAAGGUAAGAGUUAACACGAACAAAGUAAAGAAAAGAUACCCGCGCGAGGUUUCUCAUUUUUUGAAAAACUAUUGCGGUAAACAAAGUCUGAUGGCAAAUAUUAUCUCGUUCGGAUGUUGUUUUGCACACCCAUUGUUAUUCACCUUGUAGAUUUUCAGACAUAGACCUCUUUAGCAUCCCGGGACGUUGAUCGCUAUACCCACGAUUGAUUAAAAUAUAACACAUAAGAAAACAAUGAUAAGACGAUAGUAUUAAAUUUAUACAUACUUAUUGGAUGUGUCAGCUCCCAAGCACUUUUGACGAUCUUCUAUUUCCAUAUUUUACACUGUGUUCAUCGUCGCUGAUUGGUGCCUAAAAUCGUUACGUUUGUUGUCAGUGUACAGUGAUAACGAAAUCUCACUAUCGAAAAUAGAAGAAACAAAAGGAACAUAGAUUUAACGUGUUGAGACAUUGCGAGGGAUGUGACACCUCCGUAUGACAUAAAUAUACAUAUAAACUACACGUAUGUAAGUAACUUUUAGAGUAUUUGAGUAAAAAAAGGCAUACCUAGUUGAUAGUGUUUUAUUAAAUGUUGUGAAAAAGUC